AUGGCCAAAAUCAAGGCUCAGGACCUUCGCAGCAAGAAGAAGGAGGAGCUGUUAAAACAGCUGGACGAUCUGAAAGUGAAGCGUUCCCAGCUGUGCGUCGCCAAAGUGACAGGCGGUGCAGCUUCUAAGCUCUCCAAAAUCCGAGUUGUCCGAAAAUCCAUUGCCCGUGUUCUCACUGUUAUUAACCAGACUCAGAAGGAGAACCUCAGAAAAUACUAUAAGGGCAAGAAAUACAAACCCCUGGAUCUGCGGCCCAAGAAAACACGUGCCAUGAGCCGAAGUCUCAACAAGCAUGAGGAGAACCUGAAGACCAAGAAGCAGCAGCGAAAAGAACGCCUGUACCCCCUGCGGAAAUAUGCAGUCAAGCCACAGCUCCCAGUCACUUUCCAGUCACCAGGCGGUCAGCAGCUCUGCGAAGCCCUUGAGGCGAGUCCUGGGGACUGGACAUCUCAGCCUUCCUAUGGGGCUCCCCCUGGCGACAGCGCGUGA